CCAUAAUGAUCCCACUGGCUUGUAUGUGAUAGCAUAGAUAUUCAUAUCACCCUUUUAAUAGCAUCAGCACGUGGCUCAGCGCUGAGGAGCUUCAGAAAUUCUUCCUGUGUCAGUCCAAGACUGGUGUUAAUUAGGGCUGUGACUGGAGACGGCCAUAGUAGUUACAGGCCUGUCUUGCUGAAACCAGCCACGGCACAAAACGAACCAUGCUGGGGAAUGGGCUUUAAAACAGUAGCCCUUUGCCCGUAUGGGCAAACCUUCACUUCCCUUCAGAGACCUGUCAGUGCUUCUUUCGCACAUGGGACAGUCUAGUUUGUGAAGCUGUUGUAUAACAUGGGCAGGUGCAAAGCAGUAAAAGCCGGAGGUUGCUGUGUGGUUGAGUUCAGGAAGUGACUGUACGUUUGUGCUGCGCUGACUCCCAUCUCGGAUCUCAGGUCCUUCAGGAACCAGAGAGACCCCGAGCGCCGUCCCAGGGAAGGAAAGCGGUUGUUUCCAGAACCGUGGAAGAAAGCUGACGGCACUGGUCUGAGAUGACCGCUGCGAGAAAAUAUUAUGCUGUUCUCUGCUUUGUUCUCUGCAUUUUACUAAUGACUAUCUUUAAAAGCUGGAUGUAUAUUGACAGAUUUAUAACAAAAACUGAAAUGAAGGAAGAUAAUUGCUGCGAAUGGAAAGUUACCAACAGCACGAUCGCAGCCUUGGAGGAUAACAGAACCUUUAUCGUAGCCCCGUACUUUGAUAACAGAGAGAGCAAAAUCACCCGAGUGAUUGGGAUUGUUCACCAUGAGGAGGUGACGGCACUUUACUGCUGGUUCUGCUGCCAGCCCGAUGGGGAAGUACACGUAUCUAGGGCAGACAUUGAUGUCCACUCGGAUCGAUUUGACUUCCCGUACGGUGCAGCAGACCUGCUCUGUGCAGAACCCCCCACCUGUGAUCCGAGCUAUGUGUCGAUUCACUCGUUCCCUAAUGGAAAUAUUGAGCAGCUGCCCAGAUUUGAAAUAAAGAACCGCAAGCCUGAGCCCUUUUCUGCUGACUUCACCGUGUGCAUCUCAACCAUGUUUGGAAACUACAACAACGUCUUACAAUUUAUACAGAGCAUGGAGAUGUACAAAAUUCUGGGGGCCCAGAGGGUGGUGAUCUAUAAGAACAGCUGCAGCCCCCUGAUGGAGAGCGUCCUGGCCUUUUAUAUUGCAGAAGGGACCGUCGAGGUCAUUCCCUGGCCCAUCACCUCCCACCUCAAGGUGUCUCCUCACUGGCGCUUCCCGAAGGAUGGGACGCACAUCGGUUACUACGGACAAAUCACCGCUCUCAAUGACUGCGUGUAUCGCAACAUGUACCGGAGCAGGUUUGUGCUGCUCAAUGAUAUCGAUGAGAUUAUUCUGCCCGCGAAGCACCCGGAUUGGAAAACCAUGAUGAGGAGUCUUCAGGAGCAGAAUCCAGAAACUGGCGUUUUCCUCUUUGAGAAUCACAUCUUCCCCAAC